AUGUUUUUCUCCAUCUUGAACCCUGGCAUCAACGGGCGCGGACCGGGAGAUCCAAUAUUGGAAUCCACCGAUGGAAAGGAGAACGACACAGAGCAAAGGAGAAGCUUCUACCAUGUAAGGCAAGGUAAGGUAAGCACGUUCGCUUAUGGCGACGUUAAUAUUGCUGGUGGUAGUGAGACGUCGGAAACCCUCGCACAGGCGGGAGUAAAAAAUCUCAAAAUGGUAGACAACAACAAAAAGACCUUCGAGGGCUAGACCAUCGUGGAUGCUGUGCUUUCUCGGCUCAACACAAAGCGGUAAAUAAAAGAAGAAACAUAAGAGUAACAAAAGCAACCACAAACUGGACCCCAUCUUGGAAAC